UUUCAGUACUUGUCAUUGACUACCGUGACACUUUUGGUCUUCAAGGCACAGUUUUCAGUACUUGUCAUUGACUACUGUUACAUUUUUGGUAUUCUAGGCACAGUUUUCAGUACUUGUCAUUGACUACCGUGACACUUUUGGUCUUCAAGGCACAGUUUUCAGUACUUGUCAUUGACUACUGUUACAUUUUUGGUAUUCUAGGCACAGUUUUCAGUACUUGUCAUUGACUACCGUGACAUUUUUGGUCUUCUAGGCACAGUUUUCAGUACUUGUCAUUGACUACCGUGACACUUUUGGUCUUCUAGGCACAGUUUUCAGUACUUGUCAUUGACUACCGUGACAUUUUUGCAUCGUUUCUUUGAGUAAUGGUAUGACUGUUCUCUCCGUCCAUUAAGAGCGAGAUGCUUUCCAAGCCCUGUUUGACCCUACUCCAGAAAAGCUCAAUGUUGUGAAACAGGUACUGUGUGUUAUUUGUUAAUACUGUAGCAGUGUUUUAUUGUACUGUUGCUAUUGUUUUGGUUCUACUCCAGCACAUGAUACAAUGACUGAGGUUAAAGGGUAUUCGGUCAGCUUUGAUUGUAGGGUUUUUUUCAUCCAUAUCUGAUGAGCAGUUAUGAUAUUACAGCACAUUUUGUACAUAGUCCCCCCAAAAGUAUUUGGACAAAUUCAAUUACAGUUUUGUUUGUAUUAAAGUAGUCAAAGGUGUUGUAUUUGGUCCCAUAUUCUAAACUUGUGACUACAAACUUGUUUUAAUGCAUUUUCAGUUUGUUUUGAUUGAGUUUUAGAUUAUUUAGUGUCCAAAAUAAAUGAAUGGUAAAAAACUCAAAUGACACAAUACAUGAUUUACCAUUAAUUUCUAUUGGGCACAAAAUCAUCUGAAACACAACCAAAACAAACUGCAGAUGCAUCCAACAAGUUUGUAGAGUCACACAGUAAGAAUAUAGGAACAAAUGCAAAACGUUUGAAUAAUUUACAUUUCCAAUGCAGCCGUUAUUUUCUCUCAAUAUCAAACCAUUUUUGGGUAACAUUUAAGUUCAUUAAUGUGAUUGUUUUCAAUUAAAAUAGUUAAAAAUAUAUAAAAAUAGCUUCUUAGCAAAGAGCAGUUUCUCAAGCAAUAAUUUUGCUUGGACUGUCUGCAAGUGUUCUGAGUGGGGAGGGGGAAUUGAAAAUGUUCUGUUGUAGGCAGAGAUGUUUGGAACUCUCUUAUUGGUCUAUUAACUCAUUUAAUGCAUGGUGAUGUCACAAUGGAAGACCAAAUCUUCAGACCAAACAGGCUGAAAUGUCUGUCUUUUCAAAUAGCUCUUACACUAAAUGGGCAUAAUCAUAAUUUUAAAAAUGUCACAGUAUUAUUCCAACCUAGUCUGGAAACAUAUAUACAACAUGGGAAAAUCACAUUUGUGACUGCACUGGGCCUUUAAUACAUAUACAACUGAAUUUGUCCAAAUGCUUUUGGUUCCCUAUAAUUGGGGGACUAUGUACAAAAAGUGCUCUAAUUUCCCAAUUGAAAAUACCCUCAAUUUAAAGCUGACAGUCUGCACUUUAAGAUCACAGUCUUGUACUAUUUUCAAAUCCAAAGAGCUGGAGAACAGAGCCAAAACAACAACACAUGUGUCACUGUCCAAAUACUUCAGGGUCUCACUGUAAAUGGCUGCUGUUUCCACAGACUCUCAUCACCUUUGUGAACAAACACUUGAACAAGCUCAAUCUGGAGGUGGCUGAACUGGACACACAGUUUGCUGACAGUGUUUACCUGGUUCUGCUGUUGGGACUGCUGGAGGGCUACUUUGUUCCGCUCUAUAAUUUCUUCCUGACAGAUGAGAACUUUGACCAAAAGGUGUACAACGUGUCCUUCUCCUUUGAGCUGAUGCAAGAUGAAGGUCUGGAGAGACCCAGGCCUGAAGAUAUUGUGAACUGUGACCUCAAGUCCGCGCUGAUGGUGCUGUAUAAUCUCUUCACCAGAUACAGAAAUGUGGACUGAAUAUGUGGUGUUGUUGGCACUCAUUUUACUGGUAAAUAUUCAAUUGCAAUUUUCACAAUUGCAUGCUUCUAGGGAAGCUUUUUAAUUAUGCCAAGAGCACUACGAACCAAUCCAGGACAUUAAGCAUUUUUAUUAUGAAACAACAAUUUAGCAAUAGAUUGUACCAAAUAUUGUAUGUGCCAUAAUAAUAACUAUAAAUUGUAUGUGCCAUGUUUUACUUGUCUGCAACUACACUAAUAUCACGUUCUGACCUUUAUUUCCUUUGUUUUGUAUUUAUUUAGUAUGGUCAGGGCGUGAGUUGGGUGAGCAGUCUAUGUUUGUUUUUCUAGGUUUUGGGUAUUUCUAUGUUUCGGCCU